AUUACUAAAAUAUAAAAUGACCAUUUACCAAAGGUCGAUUAGCUGACCCUCGACUUUGCCCCAAAGUAAUAGUAUAUAUAUGGACAAAUUUCGAUUGAAUUUCAAAUUAAAAUAUCAUGGUGAAUUUUGAAGUUUUGAUUAGCUUGUUUUGCGUUCUGCUUGGGGCAAUUCAUUAUUUGCCUUUGGCCAGUGCUGAGGAUUGCAAUGAAGCCCAGAGUAAUAAACAUAUCCUACAUAAUUGUUGCAACGGACCUGUUUACAGUCUAGAGCUCUAUAAAGAUGUCUGUGCCGAGUAUAUGCCAGAAGGCAUACCAAAAGUUUCACCUUGCCUUCAUGAAUGUGUUUAUAAUGCCAGCAAUAUAUUGAUUGGUGAUCAAAUGAACUUGGAUAAUGUGGAAGUAAUGUUAGAAAAACUACUAUCUAAGGAUUCCGUUUUCCAUGAAGUGUCUAUAAAUGCCUUUAGGGAGUGUUCCAAAAAUAUAGAUGAAAUGAAAAAGUUACUCAAACGUCGUCCUUCUCCAAAUCCAGGCAUGGAGCAAUGUUCCGCAUUGCCUUUGAUGAUGUCAAUUUGUUGUCAGCGAUAUAUGACUUCACAUUGUCCGGAGAGCAAGUGGAAAGCCACCGAAAAGUGUGAAAAGGCACGUCAAUGUGAAAUCACGAUGAACAAUCGAGGUUAAUUUUUUGUAAUAUUAUCCAAAGUAUAUAAUUUAAUGGAACAUU